AAGUGCAAUGCUGCUGUCUUGGCCAAUGCCUAGCCUUCCUCCUUUGCCCCCGGCUUCAAGGCAUUGGUUCACAGUCCUGUAUGGGCAGCCAGACCGUCUCACAGUGAGCAGCCCUCUGGGAGGUUCGUCUCAUUUCCUGCCCUGGAAGCUUUGCUUCCUCACUGCAGCCACUGAAGCUGCAGGCUGGAUCGAGGGGACCACAGAGUUGUCCAGUCCCCCAGGGUAGGGGUGCCAGGAGCCCUUCUCCUCCGUAGCAGGUCUCGGAGGCUGAUGAUGGGGAAAUCGCACUGGUGAGACUGCCGUGGGCUCAGGGGGAACCUGCGAUAAGAUGCCCAACAGUUAAGGCAGCUGCUUUGAGGUUUGGAGCCUGAGAACCCACAGGAAGUGACUUGGUGCUGAGCUGCUGUUGCUUCGUCCUGGUGCCGGUCUCAGGCCAGGAGCUGCAGGCUGGCAUGGCUGGGGGCAUGUCAGCAGAGUGCCCUGAGCCUGGGCCAGGAGGGCCACAGGGCCAGUGCCUAGGGCCAGGCAGGCAGUGUCCCCCUCCCAUCACGCCCGCCCCCUGGAGCCUGCCCCGGUGGAGGGCCUACGUGGCUGCCGCCAUGCUCUGCUACAUCAACCUUCUGAACUACAUGAACUGGUUCAUCAUCGCAGGAGUGCUGCUGGAUGUACAGGAGGUUUUUCAGAUCAGUGACAGCCAUGCUGGUUUGCUUCAGACUGUCUUCAUCGGCUGCCUGCUGCUGUCCGCACCCGUGUUUGGCUACCUGGGCGACCGAUACAGCCGCAAGACCACCAUGAGCUUCGGGAUCUUGCUCUGGUCAGGAGCUGGUCUCUCUAGCUCCUUCAUCUCCCCCCAGUAUUCUUGGCUCUUCUUCCUGUCCCGGGGCGUCGUGGGCACUGGCUCGGCCAGCUACGCCACCAUCGCGCCCACCGUCCUGGGCGACCUCUUUGUGAGGGACGAGCGCACCCGCGUGCUGGCCGUCUUCUACAUCUUCAUCCCUGUUGGAAGUGGUCUGGGUUACGUGCUGGGGUCGGCUGUGACGACGCUGACUGGGAACUGGCGCUGGGCCCUCCGAAUCAUGCCCUGCCUGGAGGCGGUGGCCUUGAUCCUGCUUAUCCUGCUGGUUCCAGACCCACCCCGGGGAGCUACCGAGACGCAGGGGGAGGGGGCCGCGGGAGGCUCCAGGAGCAGCUGGUGUGAGGACGUCAGAUACCUGGGGAAAAAGUGGGGCACCUUGUCUUGCAGCUGGAGUUUUGUGUGGUCCACCCUCGGAGUGACCGCCAUGGCCUUUGUGACUGGAGCCCUGGGGUUCUGGGCCCCCAAGUUUCUGCUCGAGGCGCGCGUGGUUCACGGGCUGCAGCCUCCCUGCUUCCAGGAGCCGUGCAGCAACCCUGACAGCCUGAUUUUUGGGUCAUUGACCAUCAUGACCGGCGUCAUUGGGGUCAUCUUGGGGGCAGAAGCUGCGAGGAGGUACAAGAAAGUCAUUCCAAGAGCUGAGCCCCUCAUCUGCGCCUCCAGCCUGCUUGCCACGGCCCCCUGCCUCUACCUGGCUCUUGUCUUGGCCCCGACCACCCUGCUGGCCUCCUAUGUGUUCCUGGGCCUUGGGGAGCUGCUUCUGUCCUGCAACUGGGCGGUGGUUGCCGACAUCCUGCUGUCUGUGGUGGUGCCCAGGUGCCGGGGGACAGCAGAGGCACUUCAGAUCACAGUGGGCCACAUCCUGGGAGACGCUGGCAGCCCCUAUCUCACAGGACUUAUCGCUAGUGUCCUGCGGGCCAGGCGCCCUGACUCCUACCUGCAGCGCUUCCUUAGCCUGCAGCAGAGCUUCCUGUGCUGCGCCUUCGUCAUUGCCCUGGGGGGCGGCUGCUUCCUGCUGACUGCGCUGUACCUGGAGAGAGACGAGGCCCGGGCCUGGCAGCCUGGCACAGGGACCCCAGACAGCAAGGAUGUGGACAGCAACGACCUGGAGAGACAAGGCCUGCUUUCGGGCGCCGCUGCCUCCACAGAGGAGCCCUGAGGUCCCUGCCUGCACUCGCUCUGCCUGCCAGCCUCCCGUUGGGCCCCACAGUAGCCGUGCCUCGGUUCCUCUUUGGCUGUCCUCGGGGACUCCAACUGAGGCGCGUCUGCCACUUUUGCAUUCCCGGCUGGAGAGCUGGCAGGACCCUGUGGCUGGGCUGCGAAUGGAGCUGUCAGCACUCUGCGUGGGAAGCCUGGGCCUGUGCCUGUGCCCCACUCAAGGCUGCCCCAGCCUGGGUUCCCCAGCCUGGCUGCUGCUGGGUGCUGAAUAAAGCGAGGCCAGUACAAAGCCUAUGGAUUUCGGGCCUGUA